AGUAGAGGAGAAGAAGCUUAUCUUGGUUGGAGAAGUAAUUUUCUUUCUAGAAAAUCGGCAGUCUUAAUCCUUCCGUAGCCUUGGGAAAUGCAGGGGUUUUGUAAUGUUGGCCGUCUGGCUAGGGUUCUAAGAGAUAGAUCUUCAAUCCUGUUCAAUCCUGAACAAUUUCACGCCAUUGGCGUUUCUUGUUUCUCGCUGCAAUGGCGUUCCUCUCACACGAAUCUGGUUUCCUCCUCCUGCUCAGCUUUGUAUGGGAAUCCAAUGCAAAUGGAAUCAAAAUGUCAAAGAGUAGUGUCAUCUUUGAAAUGCCAUGUGUCGCAGAGGUCGUCGUAUUCUUCCAAAGCAAUUGAUGUUGGAAGUGGCUCUACAGAAACUGUGAAGGAAAUAUAUGAAAAGAUUCUGAAAUCUAUUGUGGACCAAAAGACGGCUCCUCCAAAUGCUUAUUUAUGGUCACUAAUCGCAAAAUGUGCAAACGAAGAUGAUAUUAAGCUCCUAUUUGACAUCCUGCAGAGACUUCGAAUUUUUAGACUUUCAAAUCUUCGUAUCCAUGAAAAUUUCAAUUGUGCACUCUGCCAGGAAGUUACCAAGGCAUGCAUACGUGUUGGUGCCAUUACGUUUGGUCAAAAAGCAUUGUAUAAGCACAAUCUCUAUGGAUUAACUCCUAAUGUUGGAUCUGCUCACCAUUUGUUGAUGUUUGCUAAAAAGCAUAAUGAUGUUGAUCUAAUGGUCGAUAUUAUGAAACUCGUGUCGAAGAAUGAAUUACCUCUACAGCCCGGGACAGCAGAUUUGGUUUUUAGCAUUUGCUACCACAAUGAUAACUGGGAGUUAAUGUGUAAGUAUGGAAAAAUGUUUGUCAAGGGAGGUGCAAGGUUGCGUCAGGGUUCCUUUGACUUGUGGAUGGAAUUUGCUGCUAAAAUGGGAGAUGUUGAUUCACUUUGGAAAAUUGAGAAGAUAAGAUCAGAAUCUAUGAAUCAUCACACUAUUUCCAGUGCCUUUUCAUGUGCUAAGGCAUUGUUGAUCGAAUCCAAAUCUGAAGAAGCUGCUGCGAUCAUUCAAGUAUUUUAUGAGAAUUUACCUGUCUCUAAGAGGCAAAACAUUACAGCAGAACUUCAGAAGCUAGUAAAUGAGUGGCCUGUAGAAGUUAUAAAGCGUCAAAAAGAGGAGAGCAGAAAGGAAUUGGCGAGAACUCUACAAAACGGCAUUUCAACCAUGAUCGAUGCACUAUCAAGCAUAGGCGCAAAGAUGGAUGUAAAUGUGGAGAGGGUUACCAUAGGUGUGUAGACUUACAGGUAGAGGAAGUCUCAAAUUCAAGGUCAUACAAAAUCAAUGAACCAGAUAAGCUUCUAGUUAUGACGUGCCUUUUGGGUCAAGCAAUUAGGGCAUUGGCAGGGGCUCUAGGAGGUUCAAUAGGGUCCCUUGCCAUUCACUUCUCAUAAAACAUGAAAUGUAUGGAUAAUUAUACAUUGCAUGCAUUUUCCUUCAUAGUAUAGUUGCUGUUGCACAACUCUAUUUAGUCUUAAGACUAAAUAAUUUUGGAUUUUGCUAUCAGAUCCAAGUAUGACCCACCCUUUUUUUCUUCUUCACACACGCUAACCGUGCUUGUGAGAUCAUGUUCGUGAGAACAAGAAAGAUGAUGGACAUAUUUUGUGGGUGAUUUUAGUAUCGACUAUUUUAUGUAAUUUGGUUUACUUAGAACGGACUUGAUUUUUAAUAGACGUUAACAAGUUUG